AUGAACGCCCUUCAGCAGAAAUGCCGGCCGAAGCACCAGGUUCUGGUCCUCAAAUGCUACCCGCGCACCACCAAGGGCGCCGUCGAUGUCAAGCCAAAUUCCAGCGAGCUCAGCUACCUACUCUUCUACGCCCAGUCACGCCGCUCCAAGAUUCAGAAGGUUGGCAGCUUCCUCGAGAAGAAGACAGCUAGUGACGUCUACCGCCAGCGGAUAGGAAACGUCCAGGUCACGCUGCAGAUCCUCACGGCUCUGAUUGAGAAAACGCCAAAGGAACUACCCCUCUUUGCAACAUGCGUCCUCCAUAUCCUCGACCAGAUCCUCAAGUCCAACGACAUCACCAUGGUGGAAUCCUCCAUCCCGACCUUUGAGGCCUUUUGCAUACACCACGACCCAACCUCGCUCCUGGCCGACCAGGCAUAUCUGCGCCAGUAUCUCUCCAUCGUCCAACAGUAUGCUUCCCUAGCCUCGACCCGCGCCUUCCCGGAGAAGCUCGAGCCGAGCAAGCCGCUGGCACUGCGAUGGAGGAACGCGGGCUUGAAGGCCAUCAAGAGCAUUGCUUCAUCCGAGGCGUUAUCAUCCGCCACAACCGGGCAGUAUGAUGUGGCCGUCCCCAUGAUAUUGGAAAACCUGUGGACCGACAACGAGGAUUUCUUGGAUGUUCUGCACCAACGAGCCGAGGUGGAGGAAAAGCUCGGCGGCGCGCUGCUGAGGAGACGCACAAGCGUUGCGACAGUGCAGACGGCCGACACCGAGUCCAACAUGAACCCCAUCGCCUUGGCAGACACGGCGGUAGACAUGGACAAGCUGGCUGAGGAGGACACUGGUGUGUUGGCCAUGGAGUGUCUAAGACAGAUCUUUAUUGCCCCGAACAGGUCCCAAGCACAUGCUGCUACAGUUGCUUUGCUCGCUUUCAUCCAGGAGCGCGUAAGCCAGCAGGAGGAGGUGGUCAGGACCGACUUCAACGGAAGGGAUAGCGGUUGGGCCAUCAAGAUGUUCCUGCUAGUGGCCCGAUGGGCCCCGGUCGCAGACCGCUUCACCAUUCUCACCACGGCCAUGGACACAUUGACCCAACAUCCCCUGACUGACGACACCCUGCGCCAACACAUUGUUCUCGCCGCCAUGGUUGGCGCGCUGCUGCGGUCUGAUAUCAAUCUUAUAGGGCUCAGCGUCAUGGACGUCCUGCUUCAGUUCAUCGCCCACAUUCGCAGGCUCGUUCAGAUGCCCGGUGAUCCAAACAGCAUGCGGAGCGAGGCGCCUCUCCCCGGCCAGCCCGAUCCCCGCUCUCCCACUACGAUACAGUUGGCCGAGAAGGCCGACCGAGCCGCUUCCGAGCGUAAAGAUUUGCUGAUCCGUCUCCAGGAAUGCAUUGGAGAUCUGGCCACGCACGUCUACUACGCCGAUCAAAUUUCCGACAUGAUUUCUACGAUACUAGUCAAGCUGAAGCCGUCCCGGUCUAGCAGCAUCUCCCAAUCGCCGCAUGGGGAGAAAGCAGACGGGACGCCCAAGUCAUCGACUCAGGCGCUCGCCGAUGACCAUCACGUGGAUUCGCUGUUCGCGCUUACCGUGGCCAAAAUCGCCGCACUGAGGGCAAUCAAGUCCGUCCUUCUUGUGGCGAAUCCGCGGACAAAGAUGAGUGGGAACCUUAGCCUGUCCAGGAGCCGUGUACCAAUCCAGGUCUGGGAGGGCACCCAGUGGCUGCUGUCGGAUCCCGACGGCCUGGUGCGAAAAGCAUAUGCGGAUGCCGUGGUGACAUGGCUGGACCGCGAGACGACCAAGGCAGACCGGAAAGCGAGAGAUGAGACGUCCAGGCCCAUUCUCAAGAACCGGGAACUCCCCGCCGCGACACUCGCGAGGAGGGUCGUAUCAAGUGCGUCUACCCGUGAAAAGCCCGUCAAGGUUCCCCCGUCGCACUUUUUGCAGCUCCUUCAUCUCGCCAUCUACGACAACGCCAUCCAGUAUAUCGAUUACGAGACCGACAUCGUGCUUCUACACGUCCUGCUAGCAAAGCUGGUGAACAAGCUGGGCGUGAAUGCUGUGCGAUAUGGUCUACCCAUGGUGUUCAGGCUCCAGGAGGACAUCCAAGACGCCGAGACGCCUAUCCAGAAAGUACGCCUCGGCAGUCUGGUGCACGGCUACUUUUGGGUUCUGACCGAGGAAUUUGACUUUGAGGGCUCAUUCGUGGGCAGGGCGGUGCAUAGCGAAAUCAUCCGGCGCCGCAGCAAGCACUUUUGGGUCGAGGGCAUAAGCGUCCCGGCCCCUCGCGUAGAAUUGGUGGGUACGCCGGGCAUCGUCCGGCCGCAACCGAGGCUGCCGCUCAAGGAGAUAGAGUCGGAAGCGCUGCUGCCCUUUGACGAGCGUCUCGCGCUGGUCGAGUGCAUCUGCGAAGGGUACCAGCUGCAGUCGAUGGCGCCGUCGACGAGCCCGGCUGCUAGUCCCGGCCGCAGCUUCACGUCGCCGAUGCUUGGUUCCACGAUGAGCACAAUCCCCACCAUCGAGACGGAGCAGGAGAUACCGCUCGCCUUCCGCGAGCAAAUGCUUACCGAAUGGUGCCGCGAAGCCGCCCUUGCGGCGGUGCAGACCAGCAGCAAAUCCGCAUCCUUGAACGGCUCUCGGUCAACCAACCGCCUCCACGCAAACGGAAACGGCCAUCACCUCAAACCAGACAGGUCAUCCCCCACCGGCAGCAGAACCAACCUCCGCCCACACUCGGCAGGCGCCGACGGCGCCGCUCUGCAGACUAGCAAACACCGCAAGACGAGUCUCCGCAGCGAACACUCCCCCGCAUCACAGCCACCACACGCAUAUAAUGCCGAUACCAGCAUCACCAGGGAGCAGGUCACCUCAGUGGAACAACUCAAGCUUGUUCUAUCGGGCCAACUGCAGCCGCCGCCGACGAUGCACGGCCCUGGGGGGCACCAGCAUUCCCGCUCGGGAUUCCAGCUCGACGAUUCCAGCAGCGACAGCGUCGCCAGUUACGACAUGACGCCGAGCGAGCUGUCCUUCAACCCGGCCAUGGUGGACUCGGUAUCUACCACCGCUGACGGCGGAGCAGCAGCAACAACAACAAGAAUAGCAGGCAGGCGAUCUGUCUCCCGCGAACGGGGGGAGCGCAAAUCCUCGCUCCCCGGCGGGCCCCUCAGCUCACACCCGCCGUCGGCAUCUUCACCCGAGGCGUUAGCCAACAGCGGCAGUAUUGGGGAGAGAGAUGGUAUCCAAAACGAAGAUGAAGACGACGACGAAGCGGUGCCGCCCGUCCCCCCAAUCCCCUCCAGCCUGGUGGCGGGCAUCGUAAGCGGAGGGAAAACGGUGACGCAGGACUUUGCCCCUAUUCCUAGUAGUGCUGCGCCCCGGCCGGGAACUGCGUCGAAGCGGAGCUUGAAGAGCAGGGAUAGCACCAGGCUGGUAGGUAGUUCUGCCGGGGAAAGGUCGGCGUCGGCGGACGGCCGCGGUGGUGAUGGACGGAAUGGGACCGGACUCGGGCACGGGCACGGGCAUGGGCAUGGGACGACUCGGCCGGUUAUGGACCUGAACGCGCUGCUGAGGGGUAUUGAUACCUCGCGGGAUACCAAGCUUGAGGAUGAAGGGGGCGUUGCUAGGCCGCCUUAUUGA